UCCGGGGUUUGGCGGUACGUCCCAAUCCUCAUCAGCGGUUGAUUAAAGGCGGUGGGGGCAGGGAUCAAACGCGCCGCAUCUCCCAGUCUGUGUGUGAGUGUGUGUCUGCAUUGAGGCAGCCCGCACAGAGCUGAGAGGAAACUAGCUUAGCUGAGACCCGACAAGAACAAAAGCAGCAGAAAUGGCCGGUGGGAGCUCUCUGGAAGCUGUGAAGAAGAAAAUCAAGUCGCUGCAGGACCAGGCCGAUGCGGCGGAGGACCGGGCAGCGUUAUUACAGCGGGAGUUGAACCAGGAGAGGAGUGCGAGGGAAUCGGCUGAGAGUGAUGUCGCUUCCCUGAACAGACGUAUUCAGCUGGUUGAGGAGGAGUUGGACCGUGCUCAGGAGCGUCUCGCCACAGCACUGACCAAGCUGGAGGAGGCUGAGAAGGCUGCUGAUGAGAGCGAGAGAGGCAUGAAGGUCAUUGAGAACAGGGCAAUGAAGGACGAGGAGAAGAUGGAGCUGCAGGAGAUCCAGCUGAAGGAGGCCAAACACAUUGCAGAGGAGGCCGACCGCAAAUACGAGGAGGUGGCACGUAAGCUGGUGAUCAUUGAGAGUGACUUGGAACGUACAGAGGAGCGCGCUGAGCUGUCUGAGAGCAAAUGCUCUGAGCUAGAGGAGGAGCUGAAAACGGUGCAGAACAACCUGAAGUCUCGGGAGGCCCAGGCAGAGAAGUACUCUCAGAAGGAGGACAAGUACGAGGAGGAGAUCAAGAUUCUUACAGACAAGUUGAAGGAGGCUGAGACCCGUGCCGAGUUCGCUGAGAGAUCAGUCGCCAAGCUUGAGAAGACUAUUGAUGACCUGGAGGACCAUCUAUACAAGCAGCUUGAGAAAAACCGCGUCCUGACCAAUGAACUGAGAGUAGCCCUAAACGAGGCGUAAACUCCAAUGGGCUCUCGUACGCUUUCAUUCUUCUGAAUCUCAACCGUCCAGGCACAUUGUCUAAUGCUGUGAUAUAUAAAAAGGGUAUUAGACACCUGUGUCUCUGACACAUGGCUUCAACCAAGUAAUGCGUUCAACAAACGGGAGAUUUUUCACAUUCUGCAUGCUAAAACUGUGGCUACAGGUGGGAGGGCGGACAAACUUUAUGACAAGUUGUAGGAUGGAUUUUAUGUUUACUACUCGGUUAUUGACAGGGCUGUAGCGCUUCAGUUGAACUCUGCACGGUGCUGUUGCUCAUGAGGUGAAGGUCAGUGAAGAUGCUCGUGGCCGACAUCUGAGGGGGGAGGCGCAUAAAAUGCCGCAAGGGGUCCAGAAUUCCUUGUACAUCCCCCGCUAAACUGAAAGGACAUGUUUUUCUGAAUUCACUUAAGUCUAAAUAGUAACACAGCAGGAGGGAGUAUGCUUUGGUUUAAUGCAGGAAGGAUGCAGUGCUGACCACUGUACAUGUACAGAGAAGUCACACCCUAUCUGUUAAUAUGAGCAUACUAGCUGAUAGAGAUUAUGUUGUAGUCAUAUAUGGUUGGAGGGUAUAUGUGGAGAAUGUGCCUAUUAAAUAAAACCAAAUGGAAAAAAUCAUGCAAUGUAAUGGUACGACUUUUAGGCUUUAGAGUCAAAUUGAAAUGAUAAAGAAAGAAUAAAAGCUGUGAUAAUGAUGAUAAAGAGAGGUAAAACAAUAGUUGCGGAGGGAGAUAAUUUGUGGCAGAAGUGGGGGAGGUUUUUCCACGGAGGAUGUCUCCAAUUUGGGGUUAAAUUGACGCUCAAAUUUUUUUGGUUGACCUGAAAGUGGUUGGAGAGGGUGCUUGGACUUGAUACUGUCGGUCAUGAGCAUCAUUUAAAUCCUGGCAAAGGGACAUUCUUUUGUACUAAACCUAGCUACAGCCCUGUCUAUAGCUUAUUCACAGUGAGUUGGCUUACAGUAUUGUAGUUGAGAAUAUGUACGUACUUAAUGAGUGCUAACUACGCUGUUUGUUAUCCUGGACCAUAGCUUUUUUUCUGUUUUUAUAUCUGUGCAUCUUUGGGCUGUUUGUUUUUUUUUUUUUUUGUUUUUUUUUUAUGAUUUUUAACCAAUGCAAUGCUGUAUUGACAGAUAAACUCGCACAUGCUGAAGAAGACAGCCUGAACGUAAAGCAGAUGCUGGAUCAGACUCUUAUGGAGCUGGUUAACAUUUGACCGAGCUCUG